UAUUAGGCUGCUCCAGCCGGAGACAAUGUUACAUACGUUAACAAUUAUUCAGGAGAAAAAAACACAAUAAAGCCCAAAUGCUUAUUUCCAUUGUGGUCCUCUGAGAAGGUGAGAUGGCAGGUGGCAAUGAUUCACACAUUAUUCCUCAAUGCAAUUUAAAACAACAACAGUAUCAUCAAUUAGAAAUAUAUACAACAAUUUCAACAGCACAGAGGUGCCCGUUUUAAGAGUCGCCUCUUGAAAGAAUAGCCUAACCCUAAUUACACCAUGACGUUACUUUUCAGAUCGUUUUUAGGUGACACUUUAAACGGUUCCAGUUCCACAGAACUGCAACAGAGUCCAAUAAAGAGCUUUUCUCUGUGGAGCUCUGGACUCUACCGGGAACCAAGGGAAUAGAGCUCCCUCUGGUGGGGGCAUUUAUAUUAUAUAGGGUUUUCCAUCUUUUGGUUUGAUGUUUUACAGGACUUGGUACUGUUAAAAGAGAAGAGGAGGGGGACGGAGAGGAAGAGGACAGAGAGGAAGAGGAGGAGGACCGAGAGGAGGAGGACAGAGAGGAGGACAGAGAGGAAGAGGAGGAAGAGGAGGAGGAGGUUGGGGAUAGGACCAACCCAGCAGAGGGUGCCAGCUCAGACCGAGACAGACCGUUCCACUGCUCCCAGUGUGGUAAGAGGUUCACAGCACCAAGCAGCCUGAAGACACACAUUCAGAGACACAGCGGAGAGAAACCCCACCGGUGCUCUGUCUGUGGGAAGCGCUUCCUGCGAUCCACAGACCUGAAGAGACACCAGAUGACCCACAAAGCAGUCACCUCAGACAGACCGUACAUCUGUUCUGAGUGUGGCAAGACGUUCACCUCGCCGACCAGCCUGAGGAUCCACAUGAAGAUCCACAGCGAAGACAAACCCCACCAGUGUUCCGUCUGCGGGAAGCGCUUCCUGUGGUUAUGUGUUCUGAAGAGACACCAGGUGGUGCACAAAGAGAGCGCCAUCUCUGACCCAGACAGCCCAGUGGAUCCUGAACAAGGGCAGAAGCCGUACCCUAACCCUGAAAGACUGUAUCUCUGCUCAGAGUGUGGCAAGAGGUUCACCACAGCACCGUUACUGAAGUCACACAUGAAGACGCACAGUGGAGAGAUACACCACCAGUGCUCCGUCUGCGGGAAGUGUUUCCUGCGAUUCCAGGACCUCAAGAGACACCAGGAGAUCCACAAAGGGGGCGCCAACUCUGACGCAGACAGCUCAGGGGAACUAGAUCCGGAGAGACCGUUCCCCUGCUCUGUGUGUGGUAAGAGGUUCACCGCAGCCUUCAGACUUAAGGCACACAUGAAGAUCCACAGCGGAGAGAAACCCCACCAGUGCUCCGUCUGUGGCAAGGCCUUCCUUCGACCCUACGACCUUAAAAGACACCUGGUGACCCAUAAAGGAGAGGGCACCAGCUCUGACCCUGACAGCCCAGGGGACCCUGACCAGGGGCUGAAACCGUAUUUCUGCUCCCAGUGUGGUAAGAGGUUCACCGCAGCCAGCAGCCUGAAGACACACAUGAUGACGCACAUAGGAAAGAAACCCCACCAGUGCUCCGUCUGUGGGAAGUGUUUCCUGCGAUUCCAGGACCUGAAGAGACACCAGGUGAUCCACAAAGGAGAGGGCGCCAGCACAGAGAAACCCCACCAGUGCUCUGUCUGCGAGGAGAGUUUCUUGAAGCUCGACGACUUGAACAUUCAUGUGACGAUCCACACAGGAGAGAAGACCAAGCACAUCUGCCAACCUUGUGGGAAGACCUUCACUCUGCUGCAGGACCUGAAGACUCACCAGCGCAGCCAUACAGGAGAGAAACCGUACCACUGCUCCAAGUGCCCGGUGAGCUUUGGCAACCUGUUGGAGUACAGGGAGCACAAGCAGACACACAACAACAAGAAACCGUACCUCUGUGACCAAUGCGGCCAGACAUUCACCCACUUCUACACCCUGAAGACCCACCGGUCGAUCCACACAGGGGAGAACCUCCUCCAUUGCUCCUACUGCGGGAGGGGCUUCACUCAGAAAACGUCCUUGGCUACCCACAUACUGACCCACACCAAGGAAAAACCGCACAGUUGCUCUGUGUGUGGCCAACGUUUUGCCAGAAGCGAAAGCCUGAAGAAACACAAGAGGAUACACAUGGAAGAGGUCCGCCACCACAUGUGCGAGUGCGGGAAGAGUUUCCCGGACAUGAAAAGGCUGGAGGUGCACGCGAGAAUGCACUACAAGAGCCUGGAAAAGAAGUACUGCUGCUCGUACUGCGGGAGAACGUUCCUACGGGACGGGGAUCUAAAGAGUCACCAGAGAACACACACCGGCGAGAAACCCUUCGUCUGCGCCACAUGCGGGAAAAGUUUCGCCCAGUCUGGGAACUUGAGAGUGCAUCAGAUCAAGCACACUAAAGAGAGGCCGUACCCUUGUACUGUCUGUGAUAAGGGGUUCACCACCUCGGGGAGUCUGAAGGUGCACAUGAGGAGGUUUCAUACAGGGGAGAAGCCGUACGUCUGUAGCCUGUGUGGGAAAGGGUUCAUUGUACCCAAAGCACUAAAGACACACCAACAGAAACAUAUGAAAGAGACUACCGUCUAGGUGGACGGGAGAUAGGAAGAGACUAUGAUUUGUCUUUCUGUGAUUCCUCGCUCCACUCUCCUCUCAACUGUAAUGGAGAAGAUCCAAGGUCCCCUCCCUCCUCUCUGACUUUCUUCUUCAAUGCAUUUUGAGAAGGAGGCUAAGAGAGAGAAUGUGAGGAAUCAGGGAAUGAUGAAUUGAGAAUGUGUCCAGGCCUCAAUGGCCAAAGUACUGCUGGUGGUUUCCCUACUGCUCUCAUUGAGGAUAUGUUUAUUUUUUUCUAAAUAAAAGUCCUCCACAUGCAUCCAUGCUCUACAUGUGCCAUUAGACAUCACACUCACCAUGACUGAAUUAGCUAGUGGUUAGUUUAGUGAUACAACCUCAAAAAUAGCUUCUGUAGAGUAUCUUAAUGCCAGAUAUGAGUUGACAGGAUGAUGUGAUUAUGUAUGACACUAUGCAUUAUGACAGAAUGAUAUGAUUAUGUAUGACAUGAUAUGACACUAUGCAUUAUGACAAUAAUACAUUCUAACUGUGACACGUGUUGCUCUUUGCCGGAGGUUGAGACGUGGAUAAAUGCUAAAAGCAAGCAAUUAAGACCAUAUCUGGCUGGCAAAUUGGGUGUUACACAAUCAGACAUAAGUCAUCCAUGACCCCGCUAUGAUACACAACCUGACAUGAUGUCUCCACUCACCAUGGCUGGAGGCUAUUGACAUGAUGUCUCCACUCACCAUGGCUGGAGGCUAUUGACAUGAUGUCUCCACUCACCAUGGCUGGAGGCUAUUGACAUGAUGUCUCCACUCACCAUGGCUGGAGGCUAUUGACAUGAUGUCUCCACUCACCAUGGCUGGAGGCUAUUGACAUGAUGUCUCCACUCACCAUGGCUGGAGGCUAUUGACAUGAUGUCUCCACUCACCAUGGCUGGAGGCUAUUGACAUGAUGUCUCCACUCACCAUGGCUGGAGGCUAUUGACAUGAUGUCUCCACUCACCAUGGCUGGAGGCUAUUGACAUGAUGUCUCCACUCACCAUGGCUGGAGGCUAUUGACAUGAUGUCUCCACUCACCAUGGCUGGAGGCUAUUGACAUGAUGUCUCCACUCACCAUGGCUGGAGGCUAUUGACAUGAUGUCUCCACUCACCAUGGCUGGAGGCUAUUGACAUGAUGUCUCCACUCACCAUGGCUGGAGGCUAUUGACAUGAUGUCUCCACUCACCAUGGCUGGAGGCUAUUGACAUGAUGUCUCCACUCACCAUGGCUGGAGGCUAUUGACAUGAUGUCUCCACUCACCAUGGCUGGAGGCUAUUGACAUGAUGUCUCCACUCACCAUGGCUGGAGGCUAUUGACAUGAUGUCUCCACUCACCAUGGCUGGAGGCUAUUGACAUGAUGUCUCCACUCACCAUGGCUGGAGGCUAUUGACAUGAUGUCUCCACUCACCAUGGCUGGAGGCUAUUGACAUGAUGUCUCCACUCACCAUGGCUGGAGGCUAUUGACAUGAUGUCUCCACUCACCAUGGCUGGAGGCUAUUGACAUGAUGUCUCCACUCACCAUGGCUGGAGGCUAUUGACAUGAUGUCUCCACUCACCAUGGCUGGAGGCUAUUGACAUGAUGUCUCCACUCACCAUGGCUGGAGGCUAUUGACAUGAUGUCUCCACUCACCAUGGCUGGAGGCUAUUGACAUGAUGUCUCCACUCACCAUGGCUGGAGGCUAUUGACAUGAUGUCUCCACUCACCAUGGCUGGAGGCUAUUGACAUGAUGUCUCCACUCACCAUGGCUGGAGGCUAUUGACAUGAUGUCUCCACUCACCAUGGCUGGAGGCUAUUGACAUGAUGUCUCCACUCACCAUGGCUGGAGGCUAAUGACAUGAUGUCUCCACUCACCAUGGCUGGAGGCUAUUGACAUGAUGUCUCCACUCACCAUGGCUGGAGGCUAUUGACAUGAUGUCUCCACUCACCAUGGCUGGAGGCUAAUGACAUGAUGUCUCCACUCACCAUGGCUGGAGGCUAUUGACAUGAUGUCUCCACUCACCAUGGCUGGAGGCUAUUGACAUGAUGUCUCCACUCACCAUGGCUGGAGGCUAUUGACAUGAUGUCUCCACUCACCAUGGCUGGAGGCUAUUGACAUGAUGUCUCCACUCACCAUGGCUGGAGGCUAUUGACAUGAUGUCUCCACUCACCAUGGCUGGAGGCUAAUGACAUGAUGUCUCCACUCACCAUGGCUGGAGGCUAUUGACAUGAUGUCUCCGCUCACCAUGGCUGGAGGCUAUUGACAUGAUGUCUCCGCUCACCAUGGCUGGAGGCUAAUGACAUGAUGUCUCCACUCACCAUGGCUGGAGGCUAUUGACAUGAUGUCUCCACUCACCAUGGCUGGAGGCUAAUGACAUGAUGUCUCCACUCACCAUGGCUGGAGGCUAUUGACAUGAUGUCUCCACUCACCAUGGCUGGAGGCUAUUGACAUGAUGUCUCCACUCACCAUGGCUGGAGGCUAUUGACAUGAUGUCUCCACUCACCAUGGCUGGAGGCUAUUCAAAUCAAAUCAAAUGUUAUUUGCCACAUGCGCCGAAUACAACAGGUAGACCUUACCGUGAAAUGCUUAC